CCAAACGAGUCCUCCGGAACCAUUCAACGUCGCAACCCUGGCUCUCAGAAAUCGCAGGCUUUGUCUCAUCCGCCAGCUUCUCAGCCACCCGUGGUGCCAGCUCACACAGGUAUAGGUGGUCUUGCCAGGACAUCACUUAGCUCCUCAGGCUGUGGUGGUCAGUCAAGUUCAGGAUCCCGACCUAUCAGCAUGAUCCAGCCUAACUCAGGUCAAUGGGGCACUCCAGAACCCGGUUGGUCACUUUAUUAA